AAGCUGUCUGUUUACUCUGGGAAUGUCAAGUGUUCCCGUGCUUCUAAGGAUUGCUUUGGAUGGAGUAGAAGACUUCAAUAAAAGGUUGAACAUGACAAUCCUGCAGUCCGGGCUGAGUGGGCGGGUCCACAGUGGAUACAAAUUUGCACCCGUUUCUCCUCUGCAGCUCUUUCUUCUGAGGAAGUCCAGCUCUUCAUCAUCUGCACUCAGACACUCCUCAGACUCCUUCAGGCAUGGUGCGUUCUAGAGUGCUGGUGGGACUGUUCUUGCUCUCCCUGCUCUCUCCUGCAGUCGAAGCUUACAAGAGGAAAAAGAGGGCCGGUGAUAAGGCUUUCCAGAAUCUCGCACAGAUCAUCAGGUUUCUCAACGAAAAUUAUUUGGACCACGAUCAGUUCGCUAUAGCCAUCAACAUCCCAGCUGAGAAGUGUUCGUCUCAUGUGAAACUUGACCAGAACUUCCUCCCUGGCGAUUCUGCAUGGAAAGUGAAACGUGCCAUGAACAGCCCUGCAGGGGUUUACGGAGGGUGGAGGUUAAUCGGUGCCAAACAAAAACCAAUCAAGGAAACGAGCAGCUACCACCCUGAGUACCGUCUGCUGAUUCAGUCGAGCCCAGCUGGAAUUGCUUCCUAUGAUCCACUGCUGAAGAAGCUCCUGGAUAAAGACAAACACGGCUGUGUGGUUUUCUACGUCCACAACUCUCCAUGUGUGGACAGCUGCUCAACACCAGAAGGAGCGUACAGCAUCCUCCCUGCCCUGGACAUGCUCAGGGAGCACAAGGGCCCAAAAGCUUUCGUGUUUAGGGAAGUUCAGAUACAUGACGUGGCCUCCACUGAGAAGAAUGAAAACAGCGAAGAUUUGCCGUUUGCUCAGUGUUUCCCUUCGGGAGAACGACUUUAUAUUACAAUGGGAUAUCAGGAAUAUUUUCCUCGGUGGAUAUCAAACAUAAAAGCAUUGAAUGCUAAAGUGCCGCUCUACCGCUGUGACAGAGCCCAGUGUCAGUACUGUGUACACAAGAAUGGUGAAGUUGAUGCUAAGUGCAUGGUCAAUGUAUGGUAGUCAGUAGUCAGAUACAAAAUAUAAGCAUUCAUAAAAGCAUUAUUGAUUCAUGUAUUUUUACCUCUUGUCUCUUUUGAAAAUACAAUAUAAUUAUAUAUACUAUAUAGACAAAAGUAUUGGGGCCCACCUCCUAAUUACACCCAUUAUUGACAAAUGGAUUAACACUUAGCCUUCCAGUCUCGAUAGACAAACUGACAGUAGUACAGAUAAGCUCAGUGAGUUGGCACUGUCUAAGGUUGCCACCUCUGCCACAAGUCAGUUUGUGAAACUUCUGUCCUGCUAGACCUGCCCUAGACAACCGUAAGUGCUAACGGUCUUAGAGCAAAAACAACUAAGCAAGGAAGUGGUAGACCACACAAAACUCACAGAGUGGGGCUGCCGAGUCACAAAGCGAGCAGGGCCUAUCCUGAAUCACUCACUAAAGAGUUAAAACAGCCUCUGGAAGCAACAUCAGCAAAACAGCUGCAUGUAAGGAGCUUUGCAGGAUGGUUUUCCAUGGCAGAGCAGCUACAAACAAGCCUAGGAAGAAAAUACACAAUGCAAAGUGGGAGUGGUGGCGUAAUGCACAAUGUCACUGGACUCUGUAGCAGUACAAACAUAUUCUGUGGAGUGACAAAUCACGAUUUUUUUAUUUCAGAAAACUCUGAAACGCUGGCACUUCUGGUAACAUCAACUACUACAUUGUGUUUUAAGACCAAAAAUGACUAAAUAACAGGGCUGAACACAAAGAUUCUACUCUCCAAUAAGCUAAUCAUAUAAAUUCUUAUAUUUAUCGAAAUAAAUGGAAUUUUCUGUGUUUUACAGGGAACAGCUUACAGGUUUGGGUGUCAGGGUUAAUUUGUUUAUUUUUACUUUGUUUGAAAAUUAACCACAUAAAAGUGCUGUUAUGCUGUUACUGGUAUAUUUUAAUAACUAUACCAUAUUAAAGUUGUAUACAGAC